AUGGAUUCCUCUGCUUCUUCCUCAUAUCUCCCGGUCACCUCGCAUUCCGAAUGUAGACUUCAGCAGCAAGAUUCCACGGAUGAAAACAGCCAGCAACGGAAAAGUGCAGCGGAUUCAAUGUUGUCCCUGGGUUUAACUGGUGACGAAAACGCGCUGAGCAACUUUCAACCCAUCUCGCCUUCGUCGGGGGCCAUAAAUGAGAAACUCGGAAGUAUACAGUUCAGUCUGCAUUACAACCACCUGCAGUCAACGUUAACACUUCGCAUCAUCAAAGCGUCUGAUUUGGUUGCGAAGGACUUCAGUGGAACGAGCGAUCCUUACGUCAAAAUUAUGCUACUUCCAGAUAAAAAAAGAAAGCUAGCUACAAAUAUCAAAAGAAAAAAUUUGAAUCCUCGAUGGAAUGAAACGUUUGCUUUUGAAGGAUACCCAUACCACAAGCUGAUGAAUCGAACGUUGUACCUGCAAGUCAUGGACUACGACAGGUUCAGCAGGGACGACCCCAUAGGGGAGGUCUGCGUGCCCCUCAACGACAUCGACCUCUCCAACAACCAGGCCAUCUGGAGGGAUCUGCAACCGUGUAAAGGACACACGGGCAAAUUAGGAGAAUUAUUCAUCGGUCUGUGCUACCAACCAACCCACGGCCAGAUAACAGUGUUUGUGAACAGCGCACGACAGCUAAAGGCCAAAGACAUCAACGGACUUUCCGAUCCCUACGUGAAGAUAUGGCUGACACACGACGGCAAGCGAGUGGAGAAAAAGAAGACAGUCGUCAUCGAGAAGUGUUUGAACCCGACGUUCAACGAGUCCUUCGUGUUCGACGUUCCUUACGAGAAGAUCCGGCAGACGAGUUUGGUGGUGAGUGUCAUGGAUUACGACAGGAUGGGCAGGAACGAAAAAAUAGGUCAGGUCGUGCUCGGCAGCAAAAGUGGGCCGAUGGAGGUCAAACAUUGGAAUGAGAUGUUUCAGAAGGCCAGACAACCUGUUUAUCAGUGGCACAUUCUCAAAGAUUUUGGCUGA